AGGGGAGUCGAGCUCUGGACAAACCGCCUCACCACACACUCCAAACAAGAACUGUUGAAAAGAAAGAGGCAGAGUCAUUGUGGAUCACUUUCAGGGGGAAUAUCCUGCACCACAACUUGUUUGUUUUCUCUUUCUUUCUCAUCCUCCCCCCCUCCUCUCAGAUCUCAAUGCUUUGCUUUGGGAUUUGUGCUCCAAAUCCAUCAGAUUCCUCUCUUGAUCUUCGACUUUGUCAUCUGAAACAUUUUGAGUUACAAAUUUUUUCCAGAACUUUGCAACCCGACGAACUGAGACAGACGUUUGCAGGAUUUUACUCGGACUAAAAGUUGAACACGAGCCUGGUUCUGGAAUGAAUUUAACCGAGCACAGCUUGUCGAGAGAGACUCUUCUUCAUGCCAGCCGGGUGUCCCUCGGGGGACCUUGGGCGUCCAGGACCCCCAGCCCCGCUUCUGAUUCUGAAAUGGGCUUUGAGCAGAACCUUUCCGGGGAUUGCGGUUCUCCUGAUGGCCUCGGAAAAAAGAACAUGAGAAGAACAGAAGCAAGGAUUUCUCUCACGCCCAGGUCAGGGGGACAGAGUCCAGACCUGACCCAGACAGGAGGUGUGUCGGCAGGGACGGUGGAUGGGAAGGCUGUCGGGGGUGAGCAGAGGAUCCGCAGGCCCAUGAAUGCCUUCAUGGUCUGGGCUAAAGAUGAGAGGAAGCGACUGGCCCUGCAGAACCCCGACCUGCACAACGCCGUGCUCAGCAAGAUGCUCGGUCAGUCUUGGAAGGCCCUGACUGCGACAGACAAGCGACCAUUUGUGGAGGAAGCAGAACGUCUCCGUGUCCAGCACCUCCAGGAUCACCCAAACUACAAGUACAGGCCUCGCCGCAAAAAGACCACCAAAAAACUCAAGCGGGUUGAGCCCGGGCUUCUGCUUCAUAGCUUAGCCCAGGGUGGGGCGUCAGGCCUCGGACUAGGACCUGGCGUCAGCCCGUUGGGUGCAGAGGGCAUCUCUGGAGGUUCUGUAUAUGGACAUCCAAGCACCCACCCCACACAUCACCAUCACUCUCACCACUUGCUGCCCUCUCUUGGGCACUUCAGGGACCUGCAGGCUCCAGGACACCCAGAACUGGAGAGCUAUGGCCUACCCACUCCAGAGAUGUCCCCUCUGGAUAUUCUGGAGGAUGGAGCUGGGGAAUCUGUGUUUUUUCCCCAACAUAUGCAAGAGGAGGCUGGGAUGGGAGGUUGGAAUGGGUACCACCACCACCUUCACCACCAUAACCAGCAUUACAGCCAUAAUUACAACAACCAUAGUCACCACAGCUCCAUACAUGGUGCAGCAACAUACGGUCAGAGUUCAGGAAUGAGUGCUGGUCCCAGUUUAAGCACCAGUAUGAAUUCCAGUUUGAGUCCUGGUAGAAGUUCCAGAGUUGAUUCAAGAAUGAGUUCUGUUGAGUCAAAUAUGACCUCAAGCAUGAGCUCUGUCACUUCGGUUUUGGCGACUUCAGUCAACUCUAGGUUAAAUCCUGCUCAUCCCUCCAGUCACCACAUUGCCUUGAGGAGUCCUGUAAAGUGCCCACCACCUCUAUCUGACUCCUCCCCCCCUGUUUCCUAUUCCCAACCCUCCGUGAGCCUCCCUGAGCCGAUCAAAUCCCAUCAAACACCGCAUCAAGCCACUGCUCCUGUUGGCUACUUCGGCCAGAUGUAUAGUAGUAGCACCCCGAGUGCUGCAUUUUACAUGCCCUCUCAUCUGGGGCAGCUUUCACCUCCUCCUGAAACUUCACCUUCCUGCUCAUCCUCCUCCAUCAUCCAGUCAACCUUCCCUCCCACUUUGCCUGUAGACCAUUCAAAUCCAGAGUCCUCAAGCCAUUUGGGGUCAUCUUCUGCUGAGUUUUGGUCUGAAGUGGACAGGCAUGAGUUUGACCAGUAUGUAAAUGUUGGAAGGAAUCGAGAGGAGGCCUAUGCACGUGGUGGGGGCUGUGGGGGUGGGUUGAAAGUCCUGAGUGGGCGCGGUGGCAGUAGUGUAGGUAGUAGCAUGAAUAGCAGUGUUAGCAGUAUUAUUAACAGGGAUGUCAGUAGCAUUUUGAAUGGUGCUGGUGGGUGUGAUGAUGGGAGCAGCCCUCUUAUAUCUGCUCUUUCUGAUGCCAGCAGUGCUGUCUAUUACAGUGCCUGUAUCACUGGAUAAAUACUCCAUGAUUGCAUCUCAAAUGUACCUCCUUGCAUACUGCACAAUUCAGUUUAUUCAGAUUUAUCUGAAUUUUUGUGAUAGGGAGGAAAUAUAUUGGAAAGGUUAGUUUUGGCUCAUACUCAUAAGUCAUUGUCAUGUUUUCCUUAUCUAUUAUCUGCCAUUUAUUCCAACUCUAGAUUUAAAACAUGUCCUCUAAAUGCAAAGAAUAAAGAUGCUGAUGAGGAGUUUAUCCUAACAAAUGCUUACUAGAGCCAGACCUGGGUAGUUUGGCUAGUUUGGAAUUGGGAAGUUAGCUAUGUUAACUUGCUAGCAUAACUUGUGACCCAAAGGAUUGUUUGGAGGAUUUGUGGGAUAUGCAUGGAGUACUACACCUUUGCAUGCUCCAGCUUGAGCAGCAGGUCUUGGUUUUUGCUGAGCAACUGCAAAAUUUUCUACUGUCAGUCACCUAGCUAGCAUAGCGGCUGAUAUUAGCUAAUGACGUUAGCUAACUUAAGGAGAAUAAACUAACCAUUUCAGUUGCAUCACUCUAAGAUUAUCAAAAUAUUGUCUGUUGAUCCAAAUGAAAAUUAGCAAGGUUCUCAAGGUGGUUCUCGGAAAACAAAAGAAAAUGAAGAAAUAAGCCUAAGUGUGCUGGUAGAUAAACAGAAGGCAGCUGGAGAGCACCUUAGAUUAGCACUGUGUUUUUCAGUUAUUUAUCCAGGGUGCUAAGUCUCUGAGUUAGCAUGCUAACAAAUCAGUCUUUAUCAAUAGCUGGACAGAUUAUGAUCUGGAAAUUGUUCUGGUGGCUACAAAUUGUGAUGGGCUGAAGGAUUUGAACAAGUGAUGUGCCUUUGAGCAAGACACUAAACCCCUACCUGGUCCAGGGGUGUUGUUUCUCUGCACUCUAACCCCUCUGGUGACAAACAGCACACACUAUAGAAAUAUUAUGCAAGCAAAAUUAUUGCACUGUGUGUAGCCUACUCUCAGAACAAAUCCACAACUACCAUCACAAUUUCAAGAUCAUCUCACGUAAUUUUUGACAUUUCAUCUCAGGACCAGACAAAUAUUCGUCUUGGUGAACUUCAUAAAGUUUAGAUUGAUUCAUCUCGUUUGUUUCACGGGACCCUGAAGGACAAUGAAGGACAAAGUCGACGGACAGAGAGGAAACUGGUUGGAGAGACUUGAUCUAGCCUCCACUUAUCUCUCAGCAGUGAUGUCUGUAAAGCCUUGGCCACAGACCCAGGACAGACCACUGAUGUCUCCCACAACUAUCAGGAUGUUUUACAAGCCGGGUUGGGUUCUUUCUGACCGUGAUACAUGCCGUUCCCUCUCUGUCUCAGUCCGUGACAGGGCCUCAUGUCAAACUCCAUGCCAAAUCUGCAAGUCUGAAGUUGCUUUGCUUCUUGGCAAACACAGAUCUGUUGAUGAUUCAAAGAUCUUUCUUUUUAACCAUUAAGCCUCUCUGGUGUAACAGCAUAUCACUUGUUUAUACAAAAAUUGUUCUUUUAAUGCAAUUUUACUCCUUCUUCUUUUAACAGAAGAUUGGGAUCUAUAAAUGAAGUACCACUGGAAUGAGUCCUGUGUUGUAGAUCAUGAAAACCGCUUUGCUUUAUACAUAAACUUCAUCAUGUCCAAGAUCUCCAUAUAUGCAAAUUUAUGCAAAGCAACCUUAUUGUCACAGAUAUUGGUAAGCAGUUUGACCACUGAGGGAACUGAAGGAUAAUGGUUAAUGUGCGAGGUCUUAUGAUGUUUUAAAACCUUGGUUUGAUGUAGCCGUUUACUGUAUAUAUAGAUGCUAUGCCUCUUGGCAGUAUGUGAAGGAGAAAUUAAGACUAUGAAAUGUUCUCUUUGCACUGGGUUUAAUAUCUUAGCUGUAUAGAAGGAACACUACUUAUCAAAAAUCCAUAAUUUUAAAUAUGUUUUGUACAGAAAGGACUGUGUUUAUUUUGAUUAUAGAUUCUGUUUUAAAAAAUAUUUUCUUAAGAGAAAAGUUUGACAUUUUAGGAAAUAGGCUUAUGUUUUUUUUGUUUUUUUGUUUUCUUAGAGGUGCUUGUAGGCAGAUUCUUUUCAUCUUGGACUGAUCCAGACUAGCUGGAGUUAAUCAUCCAGCUCCAUACUCAUCCCACACACACAACAGUGAUAAUAAUAUUCUUGCUUCACUCUGAGAGAGAAACAGAAUAAGCAUAUUUCACAAAAUUGUUGAACUAUACCUUAAAGAUAAUUUGAAUAUUAAAAGCAAGCAAUAUAAAAGCAUUGGAGUCUUUUUUACUGUUCCUCCAAAAUGUUGUGUAUCAUAAACUUGCCUUCAAAAGGAAAUCUAUUAUUGUACAGAUCUUUUGUGGAUCUCUGUGGGUCUUUAAAUAGAGUUUAUUAGGGCUACAUGUAACACUUUACUCUGUCAGUGACACCAGCACACGAGAAACUUUCCCACCCACACCAAUGAUAAAUGACUGGAAAUUAAAAUGAGGACUUGUGGUUUUGUUUGGGCUGAGAAAAUGAAAUACCAACAGUUGCAGCCACUGUAGAUGUCUUUCUGUAAGCGUUUACUUGUUCUGUAAUAUUUUCAUAUACAGUGGGAGCAAAAAACAGAAGUCUCUCUUCAAGGAUUUAUCCUGCAUCUGUUCAGCAUUAGUCUCACAGACAAUACU